AUGAAUAAUAAUUAGCCAUCUUAAAAUACAGAUUUCUAGUAUGAUUAUAACAAUGGCAAUUAUGGAAUAGAUUAAUUUUAAAAUGAUCACAAUUAUUAUCAUUAUGAUUAAUAGAAUUAUAAUUAGAUUCAUUAUAAGAAGCAAUAUGAAUAGCCAAAAAAGAAGGUAUUGAAUGAAAAUAAAAAAAUGUAAAUUAAAAGCAAUAAGGAUAAUUAAUAAAAACAAUAACUAGAUUAACAAUAAAAAUAAGCAUAAAAGAUUGAAAAAUUACCAAAAGAUAAUAAAAUAGAAUAAUAAAAAAUAGAAUAGAAGAAUUAAAAGAAAGAAGUAAAAUAAGAUGUAAUAGAACCUCCAGAAGAACCUAAGUAAUUAGUUUUAGGUAUAUUAAUUAAUAUUAACAUUAGAUCCAAAACUUGGCUAUUGGACAUAUACUCAAAAAGAGUAUGAGGAAUUUCAUAAGUAAGAGAAAGAAUAUUAAAUUAAGAAAGCAGAAUAUGAUGAACGUAUUAAGGGAUAAAGAAUGUUAGAGUAAAGAAAAAGAAUGGAGAAAUUCUCAAAAUUAAAGGAGAAAAAGUAGAAAAGGAAUAAUUUAUUAGGAAUGAAGAAAAUUAAUUAAUUAAUUAGGGAAUUAAGAAUUUAAUAUAAAUAAUAUGUGAGAAGAGAAAAAAAAAAAUAGUUUGGUUAUGUUUUAGAUGAGAAUAAUAAUGUCUAAAUUAUUUAGUAAGAAAUGAAAAAGAAAAAGUUAUCAAAGAUCUAAAAAGCAAAGUAAAUAUGGGAUAAUCUUAAUGAUCCUGAUUAUGAGACAGUUGAUGAAGAUCAAAUUAAAAAUGAUGAUUAAUAAUUAAUUGCUAUUCUAAAUUAGUUAUCUAUCAUCAAUCCUUAUUCUAAAGAAAAAUAUAAUAAUAUGUAAAUAAGACCUUGGAUUACUUAAAUUCCUAGUAAAGAAUUGGAUGAUAUGGCAUUGUAAUUCAUUAAUGAACUUAGUUUUAUGUAAGCAAAAAAGAAAGUAAUUGAACCUAAAAAAUUGAAAAAGAGAAUUGUGGCAGGAAUAAAAGAAUGUUUAAGAAGUAUUUAAUAUACAUUACCUGAAAAAUCAGCAAAAUUAAUAAUUAUACCAAUUGGCAUUUAAGAGUGUCCUAUUAAAAGUAAAUAAAAAAAAGUAUAAUUUCAGAUGGGCCAGAUCAUUAAAUCUUGAAGGUUUUAAAAGAAUGCUUCAAUAAAAAUAUUCCGGUUAUCUUUGCAAGCACUCGAUCAAAACUUGGAAGGGCAUUUAGUGGAAAAUUUGGACCAAAAAUAAGUGUGAUUAGUGUUAUUAAUUACUAAAAUAUGGAGGAAUAAUUUACUAAACUUAUUUAAUUGAGUAAUGAGUAGAAAGAGUAAUUUAGAUUGUUAUAUGGAGAUGUGAAUCUGCUUUAAUUUAUUAAUUAAAUAUGA